AUGUCUGCAUCUACUCCUAUGGCGGGUGGCAAUGAGGAUAACAAAGGUAAUGAUGUUGGAAAAAAUACAAAACAAGGAGCAGAGGCUGUUAUUAAGAAGAAAAGGCAAAAACAUCAACAGUUUGGAAUGACUUUCAUGAAGUUGAAAUUCUUGGAGUGGGAAAAAAGGUUAUGUGCAGGUUGGAAUCAUCAAAAAGAAGUCUUGAGUUUUAUGAAGGUGCCUGCUCCACGGCGAGGAAUUGAUGUGGCUGAUGCCAUUUUCAAGUGCUUAAAGGCAUGGGGUAUUGAAGAAAAAGUGUUUUCUGUAUGUUGCUCACACAUAUUAAACUUAUUGGUGGAAGAUGGCCUCGAUAAGAUUAAGGAUGUCAUUCAGAAUGUUCGUGAAAGUGUGAAGUAUAUUAACCAUAAUGAUUCAAGACUAAAGGCAUUUUGUGAUGUUGCUGAACAAAAACAUCUGAAAGAAAGAAAGCUCAUCAUUGAUUGUCCCACUAGGUGGAAUUCCACAUUUCAAAUGUUGUCAACAACAUUGAAGUUCAAAACUGCAUUUUCAACCUAUAGUGAAAGAGAUCCACACUAUACUUAUGCACCUUUACAUGAGGAUUGGGAAAAAGUGCAAAAGGUUUGUACACUUUUAGAAGUUUUUAAUGUAGCUACACAUGUAAUCUCAGGCAAUGAGUAUCCUAUUGCUAAUUUAUGUCUUGCAGAAGUUUGGAGGGUUAAGCAAGUAAUAGACAAUGCAUUAGAGGAUACAACUUUUUUCAUGAGAGAAAUGGCAGGUUCAAUGAGGGUAAAGUUUGACAAAUAUUGGGGAGAAUGUAAUAUGUUGAUGUCCAUUGCAAGUGUUUUGGAUCCUAGGUGCAAGUUCCAUGUUGUUAACAUAUGUUUUCCAUUGAUAUACAAGUCUAAAGAAAUUGCAAUGGAGAAUAUAGAGAAGGUACGAAACUCACUUCAACAAUUAUAUGAUGAGCAUGUGACUUUGAGUAUCAAUGAAUCAUCCUUAAAUGAAAUGAAUGAUAUUGGCAUAAAUUCUUCAACUACCUUUGCAUCUAAAUCUUCUAUUGUCAUUGGAUUUGAUCAAAUAAUGAACAUUGUGCGUGCAAAUGAAGCCACCCCUCCAGUGAACUCAGAAUUAGAGGAUUAUCUUAAGGAGAAUGUUUAUAUUCCUGAAACUAGUAACUCUUAUUUUAGUGUGUUAGAGUGGUGGAGGAACAAUAGCCUAAAAUACAAGGUUUUAUCAAAGAUGGCGGGUGACAUACUAGCUAUUCCAAUAUCAACAGUAGUUUCAGAGUCUACAUUUAGUGCUAAGGGUAGGGUAAUUGAUGAGUAUUGUUCUAAACUAAAUGAAGAAUCUAUUGAAGCGCUCAUUUGCAGGGGGAUUGACUUCGCCAUAAUUAUAAUUUGA